AUUCUCAUACGUCAUGAAAGUCCGAAAAAUGUAUUGAAAUUUGUUGUUUAUUUUUAAAUUUAUCCCAAUUCUGUGUUAAACAUUAUAAAAUAGUUUAAAAAUUUACACAUAUGAAAUAUUUGAAAAAUGUUGAAGUUUGGCUCAAAACAUGACAGCAAUAUUGUUUAUAAGUGUACUGUUAGGCUCCUCGAAGACACAGAAAUUCUUGAAUGUGAAUAUAAGCCACAGCACAAAGGAAAAUAUUUGUUGGAAUAUGUGUGUCAACAACUUAAUUUGGUAGAACAAGAUUAUUUGGGGCUUCGCUAUGUGGACAAUCAAGAUCAGAGACACUGGUUGGAUUUGGGUAAAUCAAUUUGUAAACAAGUGAAGGAACUUGACCCCGUUAUCUUCAGCUUUAGAGUAAAAUUUUAUCCACCUGAUCCCUUCAGACUGAAAGAGGAGAUUACAAGAUAUCAUAUAUUUUUGCAAUUAAAAAGAGAUCUGUUACAUGGUAGAUUGUAUUGCGGCACCAAUGAAGCUGCAAUGCUUUCAGCAUUAAUAUUGCAAGGUGAAUUGGGAGACUAUGAUCCUGAAAUACACGUAGGUAAUUAUAUUUCUGACAUGAAAAUAUUAUUAAAACAAACAGAAGCAAUAGAAGAUAAAGCAAUGGAAAUACAUCAGAAGCAGUUGAAAGGUCAAAGCCAGAGUCAAGUGGAAACAGCUUUUUUGAAAUUAGCCUGUCAACUUGACACAUAUGGAGUUGAUCCCCAUCCUGUUAAGGGUUUGUUGCAGGAUCAGAAAAGAAGUCAACUUUAUUUAGGAAUUAAUUACAGUGGUAUACUGACUUUUCAAGGGAGUCGUAAAACACACCACUUCAGGUGGCCUGAUAUACAAAAAAUCAAUUAUGAAGGAAAAGUGUUCAUUAUCCACCUGAAUUAUAACGAUAAAAAACAUACAGUAGGCUUUAAGUGCCCUUCAGGUCAAGCAUGUAGACAUGUUUGGAGAUGUGCUGUUGAACAGAUGUUAUUUUUUACUUUGCCAACUAGCUCUGACGCCCCAUCGGUAGUAACAGGAGGAGGAUUCUUUUCCUGGGGUACCAAGUUCAAAUAUACUGGUCGAACAGAAAAAGAGAUAUUAGAAGAUAGUGGUUCCCCAUCUAGGGAGGAACCAAAUAUUCAACGUACUUCUAGUGUUAGGAGAAAAGCGUCUAGUGUACCUGCUACUCCAUCCACACCUUUACAGCCUCAUUUAGGUUACUGUAGUUUACCAAGGUCAAGUCACUCUGAUGUGGGUGGUUCCCGAAUGGAGUCUAGCAAUAGUACAGGUUUAUUGUCAGGAUUAGACAAUAACCCUUCUCAGAUCUACAGUGAUGUUGCUGCCUUAGAAACCGUUACAGAAGAUCAAGAAGCAAUAGGUGCCAUGAAGCUACGUACCACAGUGUUGAAGGAAGACUCGAUGGAUCGAUUCAGUGACUACUAUUUUCGCGAUUCAUUCGAGCAUUCAUCAUCAGAAUCUCAGUUGGUCGAUAACUACCGAGGGUAUGAAACAACAAAUCCAUCUCACCGUUCAAGUAGAAGUCAAACUCCUUUGUCACAUUCCCAAGUUGAUUCCGGGAGAAUUUAUUUACCGAAUACAUCUCAACCAGCGCAAAGCAAUGUUAAAAAAAUCAAAAAGUUUAAUAUUUUGAGUGCUUUUAUACCUUCUUUAGUUAUCGUCAUGGUUUUAGCUGUGGUUUCUACAAUUGUUGUUCUAGAAAGUGAUUGGGAGUUGUUAAGUAACGUUAGGAAUAUUCCUGAGAUGGUAACGCUAAAAUACCAAGUGUACGAGCCAGUUAAGCAGUACUGGAAGAAUAAAUUCGGGCUUUUAUUUUAGUUUUUGCUAUAAUUAUGUCUUUGAGCGUUAUGUUCCAGGCAGUGGCUGGAUUAGAUGAAUUUAGGUGGUAUUAUGUAAACAUGUUUGUGGAGUAUAUGCAGUAUGUUUAUGUAUUUGUUGGUUAAACACUAAAAUUUUGAUUAUGGCGUGCAAGCACAUUAGAAUUUUACAAAAAUUCUGGACAGAGAGGGAUAAAUUAGUUUUAUAAUCAUAAAAAAAAUUUCAUUUCAAACCUUCGGUACAAACACACGCGUUGAUGAACACACUGUUGGUAUUAGAAAUAUUACUACUUGUUAUAAAUAGACGGAAUUAUUUGGAAGUAUGAAUAAUGUUUGUUAACAAAAAUCUGACUGAUUCAUAACCUAAGUAUCUCGUCCUCUGGUAGUGAAAAAAUGCGAGGAAACGAGUCCAGUUGAUAUAAAAUGUUAUAUCAUUACCCCAGUAAGCGAUUUAUUCCUAGUAAACAGUUUUCUACUACAUCAUUGUUAUUUUUGAUAUUUUUAACAAUGAUGUCUAUUUUUUUGGAAACUUUUUCACCCAAUAAAAAUUUUCACUACUUGUCAACUAUUCGUUGUCUCUAUGGUGAAUACAGACGUUUCCGGUGUUUCAUUGUCGAUACCAUUCUUGUCAACGUUGUUAGAGUGUAUGUUUUCUGGGUUAACAAAUUUUUUUCUGAAAUGAGAGUAUUGCAGGCCUUCAGUCCUCCACUACAAAAUAUCUAUCAAGGUUAUCAUCUUCUUUAUAUCCGUCUAACUCUACUAUAGCUCUAGAGGUACUGGUACAUUUCUUUUUAGCUAAAAUAGCUUCCAGGUUAGUAAAAAUCAAUAUAUCAUCAACUAGUUUAUCUUUUGGUGAAUUUAGCUUAUCAGUUUCUUUUAGAAAAUUAGUUUUCUACUGCAUGGUUGUUAUUUUUGAUAUUUUUAAAAGUGAUGUCUAUUUUUUUGGGAAACUUUUUCACCCAAUAAAAAAAUAAUACUACUUUUCAACUAUUCGUUGUCUCUAUAGUGAAUACAAUCUGGUUUCCAGUGUUUAUUUCUGAUGUUACCAUUCUAAUAACAGUUUGUUUCAUUUUUACACCAAUAUCAGAAACAAACGUUCUUGAACCUAGGGUCCAAAAAUUUUGCAAGCAUGGGGGUUUGGCUGUUCUCAAAAAGGUCUUUAUACUUUUCAUUAGGGUGUACCCAACUUUAUUAACUUCUUUGGUAUACCCUUUAGCUUAAACAGCCACAAGAGGGUGAUAUGAUAAAUGUAGUAUUUACAUAUUUUUCCUCACUAAAAAAUCCAAACAUAACAUUAAUCAACCAGACAUUUUUUAUUUAUCAACUGUGAAAAAGUAACAGUUCAGUUUCUACUUGCCAUCACUGGGAGUUAUAUAUUUGCCAAAUAUUAGGAAAAUAAUUUUUUAUUUGAAUUGAAUUAAUAAUAAUAUGAUUGAAUUUAUUUAGGACAAUCAUUUAUAUAUUUUCUUUAAUUAAGCACUCUAGCACGGUACUUGGAGGACGAGUAAGCAUAGAAUCUCAUUCGAAAUUUUAUGGGUAUACAUUGAAAUUGUAUUUUAUUGUGUUUUAUUUUCAAAUUUUCAGCUAGGUCCUUUUUCUAGACUAAAUAAACAAGUUUUAUUGUAAAUAAACGUACUUACGCUUAUGCUUUACGAAACAGACCCAUUCAAACUAAAGUGACAUUUCUAAAAGCAUUCCAAAUUACCUAGAGAUAUAUUUACUUGCACCAUAAUUAUUUUUGUAGAAACUACAUACAAAGUAUAUUGAAUGUUAGUUUUAUAUUUAUUUAGAAUUUUAUUAAAUGACAAUGUACAAAACUUUUUAAAUGAUUUUCAUAACUCAAAAAUAUAGAUACGUACUUAACGUUUUAUUUUAAAUUUUCGAAAGUAUAUUGUUGGCUUUCAAAUGUAUAAUUUAUAUUAAUAUCGUCUAGUUCUAAAAAAUUAAUCAUUUUCAAAAAAUAAUCAGAUAUUUUGGCUAAAACUAUUUUUUACUAGAAACAAUAUAAAAAUAAGAAAAA